AUGACAGAUGAAACCUCCCCUUUACUCGAUAGUAGCACUGUCUCUGCCCCAAAAGUAUAUUCAAAAGCGUUUCAAAACCCAAUCACCGGCUCCACAGAGCAUCUCAAUCAAAUUACUAAUUAUGCGCCAAUAGAAUAUUCCGAAGAUAUUGAAAGCUUGGUUGAGCAUCAACACGAUGAAAGCUGUAACAUUGAAUAUUUGAAUAGAAUAAGAAAGAAUAGAAUAAGAAAGACAUUGAUACUCUCCGGAAUCACCGUGUAUCUAGUGGUGUUUAUUCUAGAGCUUCUAGGAAUCCUAGAAGUCCCAUUUGGUUUCAUCAUGGGUUUUUUAUUGGCCGUUGGUGGUGUCAUGGGCUAUAGAAAAAAAGGCUCUGUACCAUCACUAAUCAUGGGAUUGUUGUUUUCAAUCAUAUUUCUUAUUUCCGGAUCUUUUACUUACGCAAAAAAUCCUGUAGGUUAUAAGAUCGCCUUUGCUGUAUCAAUUACUUUAACGAUUGUUGGUAUCCACAGAAGUCUUAUAACAAGGUUCCAAAGCUAUGUGCCCUUGAUGUUAUUUACCUUGGGUGCGCUAUCUACGGGCUACUAUACUUUCAAGUUUGUUAUAUGA